GGGAAAGACACCAUCUCAGAGAGACUUUGAAAAGAAGCGAAAUGAGAGUCGAGAAUGAAGCUAGAAAACAUAGACAAGCUAGCAGGACAGCCCAGAUGUUAUUUGACGCUCUUUGUGAGAAUAGGGCAGAUCUCAAGUGCGAGUUCAAGUGCCACAAGGAAACGAAUGAGGCUUUCGAGGAAAACUUAAAGGCUAUAGCAGAUGCUAUGCAGAAAGAGGCGGGGCGAGAUCAGGAGGUCUCAGCCCUGCGCGAAGAACUCAGAAUGGUAAAUGAUUCAGUCUCGGACCAGCGAAACCUUUCACGUAUCGUCUCGCAGAAAAUGGAAGGCCUAGAGAGACUCGUCAGAGUACAACACAACGAAAUCAAGCAGCACAAGUCGGAAAUCGAAGCCCUAAAGCAAGCCAACAAGAUCCUAGCAGAAGAGAACGAUAGUCUCCGUGUCGAUAGCUCUUCUAUUCAAAAGAUAUCCGUAGGCACUCAAACGGGCCACUUCUUGGACAUAACAUCAAGCGAUGUCGUGCGCAGACUUGAAGAGCAAAUCGUGAUGUCUAAGAAGCAAACCCAGAAGCUACUUGCUAGGGUACAUCAAGGGAGCGGACAGCAAGGCAUAUUAGAGAACAGUUGCUCCUCUGAGCUGCGCCAGGCGACAAGCCAGACUAUCCACGAAUAUCAGAGAAACGAGCACACGGCAAACGCAGACCAAAAGCUAGCCGCACGCGUGGCCCAGCUAGACAUAAACGACAGACGAACGUCAGAUGAUCCAAACGUCGAGCACCAGUAUCUGGAAUGUGUUGAGCCAGGAUCAAUGGCAGCGCAACACAAGCCCGUGGACGAUGUGCAGAUACGGGAGGUCAGCGAAAGUCGGGAGAUCCAGGAGACGGAGACUGUGCAGGACACGCAGAGGGAAGAGCGGAUGGCGCAGUUCAUGAUGAACAUAAGUAGAGGGAGGUCACGCGUACCUCGGCUUUCUACGAGCCCGUGUCCUUCUUCCACAGGCGAGGAUGUCCAGGGUGCUGCCUCUGGGGUUGAGGAUGCGCGCGGCGGGGAUAACGGCGAGCAUGUUAUGCGUGCGAUAGUGCCGCUUGACGACCCUAUAUAUGACGUGGUCGCCAACGAGAACGACAACGACAAUAGUAUCGACUGACCGUGUAAUUCUUCUGGGUACUCCGAGUUGGCUUAGUUAGGCGGGAAAUUAGCUGUGAUUUUUACAAUGUCUUUCUUGCCAUUUUGUUCUCUGUCGGGGUUGGGGCUGGGGCAAUAGUUGGCUUGGUUAGACGUUUCUCUUGACCCGGUGAUGGAACGAGGGGUUGCGGUGGUGAUGAUAGAAAUUGUGUCUGGGCUUCCUGUCUCUACGAAGGUAUGCAGCAACGUUUGGGUUCUUGUUACUGUUUGGUUUGAUAUCUGAAUUUGGGCGGCUGGUCUGUUGGGGUUGUCUUCGUAAGCGGCGCUUGGGUUGGCAAUACAUCGUCCGAAGAUAUAAUAGGGGGAAAGUAAUGCAGAUUUAGAGGCGUAACAUUACAUGAGACUCUCGAUGCAGGCAACAUCUGGUCGUAUUCUCUUCUCUUUAUGGUGUCGAGGGGUUAGGGGGGAUAGGGGUUAGGGUUGGACAUGAUGUUUGGUUUUCCUAGUUCCUUACCUUAGGUAGGCUUGUUCUCUAAGCUACAUUAUGUAAGGUCAAGUUGAAACAGGCUGCUUAAAGUUGAUUUGGC